AUGACAGUGUCGGUGGCGAUGAUCGUCCAUGGUUCAACUGUCUUACCUGUGAUCUUAAUGUUACCGAUGUAUUUGCUGGUGUUGCAUGUGUCGGACUAUACUGGUUAUGCUACACGGUUUUUGCUGUUCGACUCUGUUGCACAAGGGUUGAUUGGUCGUUCUGCCAGUGAUCUUGCUGAAGAAGUCGCUGAUGUGGACGCUAUGGUCUUGCCUGACGCAUUGAAGGCACUGGUUGGUGUGAAUAUCCUGUUUAAGAUUCGUAUAUCGGAUCUUAAUUUGAGGAAUAAUAGUGUUGCUUAUCGUGUGGAUUUGGUUAGUGUUGAUGCUCAUAUUGUCCAACAUUACGAAGCCACUGAUAUAGCCGAGGUAUGUUAUUAUGUAUGA